UCCACUCUACCCUUCUAUUCCUAAUAUUCAUCUUUUUAUUUAUUACUACUAGCUACAUAUAUUUGAGAAAUGAGAGUAGAGACAAAUCUCUUAUUAGAGGAAAGAAACCUAAGUCUGGAUUUGAUUUAUUCUGGUACAUAUUGAGAAGAAACCCCAAAUUUGGGAUGGGAAUAAGAGCUGCAGGUAGCUCAAGAGAAAGAUGACAUGCUCAAACAAUAAUGAUGCAAUCCAAAUUAUUACAGCUACCAAACAAAAUUCCACUGUUUCCAAUUCUGAUCAGCUUAGGACAGUAAUCUGCCCUUCAUGUGGACAUACUGUAAAACUCCAAGAUCAGAGUGGACUUCAAGAUUUGCCGGGGCUACCAGCUGGGGUGAAGUUCGAUCCGUCGGAUCAAGAAAUUCUAGAGCACUUGGAAGCCAAAGUGUAUUCGGAUGUGAAGAAGCUGCAUCCUUUGAUUGAUGAGUUCAUCCCAACCAUCGAUGGUGAAAAUGGGAUUUGCUAUACGCAUCCCGAGAAGUUACCCGGAGUACGCAAAGAAGGGCAAGUGCGGCACUUCUUCCACCGCCCGUCGAAAGCGUACACAACGGGGACACGAAAGCGAAGAAAGGUGCACACAGACGAAGACGGUGGGGAGACCCGAUGGCACAAGACAGGCAAGACCAGACCCGUCUCGGCAGCCGGCAACGUGAAGGGCUACAAGAAGAUCCUUGUCCUCUACACCAACUACGGCCGCCAGAGAAAACCCGAGAAGACGAACUGGGUGAUGCACCAAUACCACCUCGGCCACAAUCAGGAGGAGAAAGACGGCGAACUCGUCCUCUCUAAAGUCUUCUUUCAGACACAGCCAAGGCAAUGCGCCUCCAAAACCACUAACACGGAUUCCUUCGUCUUGAAAAACCAGAGUUUUGUCGACUACUAUAAUCCUUACACCAACACCACUAUUGAUAGAGACAGGCCACCGCAGCUGAUUCAGAAUAUGGUUGUUCAUGCUCAUGGAUCUUCCUCUUUUCAUCAUAUGCCUUCGGAACCAAGCAAAGUAAAUAAAUAACCAUUAUAUAUACAAAUUAUGUAGAGUUGUUGUAUUAGGUUUAAUACUAUUGUGUUUUUGGUUCACACUGAUGCAAGUAGAAUAUGAUGAUUUACAUAUUUAGUAGUAUAGGAAGAUUUCCUGUGUAUGGGUAAUCUGCUUUGUAAUCUUUUAUUUGAUAAUAAUUUAAAUAGUAUUAUGGA